GAAAGCAAAAACGACACUUGGGUGUUUCAACUUCAUGCUUAGUGAAUUUGCGUGCAAUUCUUCUCCCAAAAUCUUCAUCUCUCGCCAUCCUCGUUGGAGAACAUUCGAAUUUUCUCUCCAACAACAAUUCGUUCUUCCCUUCUCAAUUUUCGGCGUCUGCUACCAAUCUUCGAUUUUCCCGUAAAAAGUUACCACUUCAAGAAUCCAGAUCUGAGUGUGCAAGAACCAUCGUUUGCAUUUGGAUAACAUUGAUUUGGGUUUUGAAGUGCUUUAAGGAAACUGGGGUCCCAAAAAUCUGUAUCUUUUGUCGAAUGACGACUGGUGUGGCUUCAAUUGCGGAGAUUUGGAUGACUGGGUUGCUGCUGUAGUGGAGGAAGUUUGACAAUUGGUUUCGAUUUGUUUGAGGAAGUUGUCUGGGAGGACUAGGUUUUCGUGAAGGAGUUUGUCGGGUCGGCAUCAUGUUCUAUGGUGCGGUGGUAUGGGACCCUUGGCUUAUUGUUGCUCAAAUUGUGUGUCUUCAAUGUUUGUACUAUAUCACCCUGGGGUUGCUCUUGUCGAUACUUGUUGGCACGCGUGUGUCUCGGAUGAGUCUCGUGUAUUUCUUUGACUAUGUUGCGAUUACCACCUCUACCGUUACUGGUUGGUGUGUUAUUGCUUCAUUUUUGCUAAGCUCAGUUGCAGGGUCGAUAUAUAUGUUUUAUUUGAUUGAAAGAUCACGAAAGUGUUUGGAUUUUUCGGCCACACUCUACAUUGUCCAUCUCUUUAUAUGCAUUGUGUAUGGUGGUUGGCCCUCCUCUAUAACGUGGUGGAUUGUGAAUGGUUCUGGAAUUGCAGUGAUGGCCUUGCUUGGUGAACGUCUGUGCAUGAAGCGGGAACUCCAAGAGAUAUCAUUAACACGAUUUCGUUCAAAUGUUUGAUUGGCUGAAUACAUUUUUCAAAAAAGAAGUGCUGCAGGAUGGUAACCACUUUUGCUUCUAUAUAUUGGAUCAUUUACGAGAUGCAGCCCAAGAAGUGAAUAGUUCUAUUCUGCCGUUGAAAGACCUACAUUUCCAUUUAAUUCUUUAGUUGCAAUAGAAAUGAAACAUAUAUAACCAGACGAGUUUAGGUACAUAAUUUUCAGGAAUUACUGGAAGUCUUAAUGUAAUUUAUUUAUAUUCUAUUUUGAUUUUCC